AUGGCCGACCCAAACGCUUUCUACGAACCCGAAGAGGACGAGCUCUUGUCCUCUCUUGCGGUCCCAGCGUACCAAAGCGGAAACGAUGCGAGCUACGAGGACGAAUACAGACGGCUGCAAGAGUUGGAGCAACAUGCCUACGCUCAGCAGGUGGCUCAACAGGAGCAAGCAGAGCUGGAGCAGAGUCAAAUGUUGGAAGUUGUCCCUGAAGAUGUGAAGAGGUUCCUUGUUCUGUUCCACCAGGCCAUCCUAGAGAACGACUUACCGACCAUCACGAACAUGUACGAGUCCGGAUGGAACAAGUUGACUCAAGCACAUUACUCUCAAAAUGAGUGGCCUGAAGCGGAGAUCAUUGCCCCCUUGGUCCAAAGCGACCAAGUCUUCCUUACCCUUUACCGAGAACUGUACUUCCGUCAUGUCUAUGCCAAACUACAGCCCACCAUUGACGACCGUUUCCAAUCCUACGAAAACAUCUGCGAGCUUUUCAACUACUUGUUGAACUCUGAGGGUCCUGUUCCACUCGAUCUGCCCAUUCAAUGGCUUUGGGAUAUGCUCGACGAAUUCGUUUACCAAUUCCAAUCUUUCGCGCAGUGGAGGGCAAACCCGAAGAACAAGAACGAGGAGGAGCUCGAGAUGCUGGCGGAGGCCCCUCAGAUCUGGAGCUGUUACUCUGUCCUGAACGUCCUGUACUCCCUCGUUCAAAAGAGUCAAAUCAACGAGCAGCUUAAAGCGGAGAAGGAAGGCAAGACUGCAGAGGAGGUUGCAGAGAUCGCAGGGGCCUAUGGAUCCAAAUCCCUUUACAGAAAUCUCGGAUACUUUUCCCUCAUCUGCUUGUUGCGCGUCCACGUCUUAUUGGGAGAUCCCACAUUGGCUUUACAGACUAUGGAGAAUGUGGAGCUGGGUGGAGGCGCAUUCUUGACUCGAAUCACUGCUUGCCACGUCACGACCUACUACCAUGUUGGCUGCGCCUACAUGGCUCUGGGUCGAUGGCCGGACGCCAUGAAGACAUUCGUGUCGGUCUUGAUUUUCUUCAUCCGGAUGAAACAGUACCACACCAGGAGUUAUCAAUACGGUUCGAUCACCAAGACGUGCGAGCGUAUGUACGCUCUCCUCGCCAUCUGCACAACUUUGUCCCCUGGACCAAGUGACGAAAGCAUCAUGUCCAUCGUCAAGGAGCACUAUGGCGACCAGCUCACUAUUCUUCAACGUGGCGGUGAAGAAGCUCUUGAAACAUUCAAAGAGCUCUACCUUCAAGCUUGCCCAAAAUACCUUUCAGUCAACCCACCGCCUUAUGAGGAUCAAUCAGCUCUCGAAAGCUACAUUGCCAACCCACCGCAAGAUGCUACGCAACGUCAUGUCGAGCUGUUCCUGUCGGACGUCAAGGCUGUACGCGGGGUGGUUGGUGCGAGAAAUUUGCUCAAGUUGUAUACUUCCAUCGACGCAAGCAAGCUCGCGGCAUUCUUGGAUGAGGAGGGCAAGAAGGACAGAGAAGAGGAGGUUUUGGAACAGUUGAUGGUUCUCAAAGCUGCCUCCAGGACAUAUGCCAAAGCUCAGGGAGAGGGUUCCAGUUUGCUGGAUGGAGAGAGGAUAGUCACCAACAAUUUGGACUUUACCAUUGACGGGUCCAUGGUCCACGUAGAGGAGACUACGUCUCACAGACGUUUCGCCGGCUUCUUCAUUCGAAAUGCGGAGCAUGCUCAAAGGGUGUUCAACACUAUUCGAGCAGCUCCUCUACCUACUGCGAAGGAGAGCCGGCAAACGCAUGCUGGUGGACCUUCAAAGGGAGGUCCUGGCGGUCAGCAAGGGCAACAAGGUGGUGGUGGUGCUGGUGGUGGCCAAGGUCAGGGAGCAGGUUCAGGAGCAUGGCAGCCUAGACGUCAGGUCAGGAUCGCUGCUGCCUCAUAG